AGGGUGAUGGGAGAAGAGAAUAGAAGAAAAGAGACGCUAAAGUAAAAGGGAGGUGAAGAAUUGAAGUGUUAAAGUAAAAAUAAAUCGACGCAAGAUGUCCUUGAAAAGCCUAUUCACUUAGGUUACUCUGACAGUAGGAAGACAUUCACCCUUGACGCUGUACUGCAUUCUAUUGAUAAAGCAUUAUAUCAUUUAGACUAACCCCCCCCCUCCCUCAACCCCUCACCCCCGAAAUAAACAACACCAAAAAAAACCGGGAAUCUGAAGCACCACUCAUUACAAAUCAUGUGAAUUGAAUAACCGAAUCACUUCAUGAAUAUUCACCCAACAUUCCUGGAGAUGUCCUGAAAGACGUCAUGCACCUUGCUUGGACAUGAUGUCCAGAUGAUUGACAGGUUGUCCGGGACCUCGGGCACAGACUGAGAGACAAAUACGAUGAUCGCUGAGACUUUUCUGAGAGCUUGUGGCUAUCAUCCAAGCCGCUAUUGGUUGACACAAGAAGUGACAGGCCCACACUUCUACACGUAAGAAACGGAGAUAACGAAACAGCUUUCACACUCUUGCUUGAUUGGCUUCUAUUUUUAGAUUGUAACAGAGACCUUGUCGUUAUUAGAUUAUAGCGAUGUCUUAACCGAUUGUUGUUUCUGUCUGAAGGUGUGUGCAUGUUGGUUGUCACUGGGAAAGCGAACAAAAGUGACACUGUCUGUUUGUGAGAAGCUGUUCUGUUUUCAAGAGUUGACAAGUCAGACGUCCGGUUUUUUAUGUUAAAUCAAAAGUGUGAAAGUUGUUUUCGGAACAACAUAGUUGACUUCUUUCUCCCUCGUUUGAAUUUGGAGUGAAGAUUGUAAGAUUGCGAAGUCAAAGUUUUCCUCACUCGGUGCUUCGAAAUUUUUAACGGAAAGGUAUUUUGGAGCGUGCGUAAGUGUGUUCAGUUUGAAAGCUUUUUAGAACCUCUUCAAAAUGAACAACGCUUAUAGGGUUUUGUGAAAUAACUCACACAUACUAAUAACAAUCAGAAAUUGAGCUUUAAAACUUAACGAAGUCUUCCUGAUAAGAGACUUAUCUUCCAGGGUCGAAAAUGACUUUAAGCGCUAAAGCUCAAGCCUUUUGUGUGGAAAAUCUGCUGAAACCUUCUGUGUCAAGAAAUUCCUCAGACUCCCCUCAAAAUCUUGCCACGUCGUGCAAAGAAGACAUACUGUGUGUGAGGAUUCCGAAAGUUGUGGAAGAUUCACUGCGGGACGCUGAAGAAGAGGAGAGAUAUAACGCCGUACGGGAGAAGGGUGUCGAGGCAGGAACCGAAGAGAACAGAGACGAUCGCUGUUUUGAAAGCAAACAUCUCGAGCAGAAGGCGGAGGACAAAGAAUGUGUCAGUCCUGCAGCCCCACACCGGCCAGCCUACUGCUUCUGCCACGGGGACAUUUCCUUCUGUCAUCACUCAGGCAUUCUGUCUGUCCCAGACGAGAACGGUCUUGCAAAGAGCAUUGUUGUAGAGCUCUGUCAUGCCGACUUGUGGGCAUCUUUUCACAGACUCGGAACUGAAAUGAUCAUUACAAAAUCUGGACGGCGCAUGUUUCCCAGUCUCAAACUGAGGGUGAGCGGCCUGAACCCAGACAAACUGUACUCACUCAAACUGGAGUUCCUGCAACCUGACACGAGGAAACACCGAUACAUAUACCACAGUUCCCGUUGGAUAGUUUCUGGAUCAGGAGAUGCUCUGCCAUCUCCUCCUGUCCACGUCACUCCUGAUGGACCAAUCAGUGGACAAGCAAUCUGUUCCCAGAUUGUUUCAUUUGAACGGCUCAAGCUGACUAACAGUGACGCUGGAAAACCAGGACAGGUGUCUCUGGCCUCGAUGCAAAAGUUCCAGCCCCAAGUCCGUAUAGAAGAGGUCUGUGUGGAGGGGCAGGAGGAAGGGAAGAAGACAGAGAGCUACUCCAUUCUAUUCCCACAAACGUCCUUUAUGGCGGUCACUGCCUACCAAAACCAACAGAUAACAACACUGAAGAUUGCAAGUAAUCCAUUUGCGAAGGGAUUCAGGGAAUCUGGCAAAGCAAGGAAAACCCUCCAAGCUGCUGAAACUUGACGACCAUCAACGUUACCUGAGUCACAGCGUCAAACAGGUCUCCUCCCCACCAUCCCCUGGCUCACUGAUGCCCGUGCCCAGCUCACAGACAAUUCUCUCAGCCACAGCCCCACCUUCUCUCUUUCUCCAUCCCUACUCCCCCUACCACCUUUCCCCCCAACCCACAACACUUCUCCCCGUGCCACCAGCCCACCCCUACCACCCUCACCACCACCACCACCACCAUCAUCAUCUACAACAAGCUCACACCGUGCAGAUGGCAGGGCCUUUCCCGCCCCCAGCACACUUGCCUUUACGUCCUAUGUCACAGAAUUCUCGUGAGGCGAGUUCCAUGCGUGUGGUAAAUCCUUACAUCAACCUACACUGCGAGGGAACCCAGGGUGUGAGGUAUGCUCAGAAUCUUCACGAAAGGAGAUUUGAAUCGCUUACGAGUAAACCUGUGGAGGACUCAUUGUGCGCGGAGGUCAAAGACUACCGUUACGACGCCAGCCCAAGCGAGAGGGGUUCUCCGUCCAGUCACUCCGCCAAAUCCCUGUCCUCUCCUUCCAGCAGUGAUCAAAGCCCAACAACAACCCAUCCUUCUUCGUCUAAAUCCGGACGAGAGAGCAGCCCAGAUUCCUCCCCGCCGUUUUCUUACUCUCCUUUCCCCCUCAAACGCUGCAAGACAGAGCCACCAGAGGACGGUAACGACUCAUCCGCCCCCUGCGCAUGUCAGGACUGUGAGUCCAGUACGCCACUAGCAUGGACCUCCAACAGCGGCACUCCUCCAUUAUCUGCUAAGCCCUGGGCUGCUCGUUCAAAGUUUGCACCCGACCAAAAAUAUUACAUUCUUCCCAAUUCUCUAGAAAACAAAAACAUAAGCUGGAAAGUGCAGUGCCAAGAUUUGCGGUCGGAAUGCAGUUAACUGCGACCAUACUCUAGCCCUUUAAACAAUUUCUUUGUAGCAUUGAAAUGAGUGAAUUGUUUCAACUCCUGAAUUGAAAUUUCACUUUCUUCUCACUCAUACCUGUAAAUAAUGUUGAUCAUGUACCUCUCCCCUGCUUUGGUAACUCUUUGCUGGUUUUUGUUUUUUGUUGUUGUUUUUUUGUUUAUGCGUUUGUUUAUUGUUGUCUUAUUUUUGUUUGG